AAAAAAUUUACGCACCACAUUCCACCGCACAUGUUUUCGCACUUUCUUUGAGAUAUUUUCCCAAAACAUAAAUAAUGGAUAAAGAUCCGCUCAGCGAAAUAGUGGAGUUCCUCAAACCAGACUCUCGGAUAGACUUGAAACACAUUUCUAUUGACCAUUUAGUCGGAUUGUCUGCGACGGAAGAAGGUGUAUCGACGUUGUUAAAAAAUGAGCAAGUUAUUCUCAGUAUCAUUGAAUUAACCAGCGAUAAAGUGGACGAAAUAUCCAAGAAUGCUUUGCUCGUGCUUGUGAACGUGUCUGCAAGCGUCACAGGCGCUACAGAACUGUUAAAAUACAGGCCGAGUAACCACAAAAACAUUCUCGAACUACUUGUCAGCUACGUUUUAGACCCUCAAAAGAAGGACGCAGACGCUGCUUGCAUGAUCUUAUCCAACAUAACCAGGCUGGAGGAUGAGUUAGAAGUGUGCCUAGACUCAUUUAUACCGCAUUUGAACGAUAUAAUGAACGCUUUCGUAAAUAUUGAUUACAAUAAAAAAGGAUGUAACUUACAUUACCUUGCUCCUAUGUUUAGCAAUUUGAGUUGCAGUUACAGAAUACGCAAAUGGCUGACCGAAGAAAACCCACACAUACCACUGCUCAAAUUACUACCGUUUUGCAAUUACGAGCUGUCGAACAUCCGUAGGGGUGGUGCUAUUGGCACGAUAAGAAACCUCUCAUUCGACACAGAACAUCACGACUUUCUUUUAAACUCGGAUUUAGAUCUGCUCACGUACCUUUUAAACCCGUUGAUGGGAAACGAAGAUUAUCCCGACCACGAAAUGGACAAGUUACCGAUAGCGCUGCAAUAUUUCCCCAAAGAGAAACGCAGAGAAAGAGAUCCGGAUAUACGAAAGAUGGUGUUAGAAACUCUAAAUAAGUUAUGUACUAAGAGAACAGGCCGAGAAAUGCUAAGAGAAAACGGUGUAUAUUACGUUUUAAGGGAAUAUCAUAAGUGGGAAAAAGACCCACAUGCGUUGCUAGCGUGUGAAAAUGUUGUCGAUAUAUUAAUUCAGAAGGAAGACGAGGUUGGCGCGGACGAUUUAUCUGCAGUAGAAGUCCCGGACGAUAUGAAAGAAAAGUUUGAGAAAAUGGACAAAGAAUACAUAAAUAAUGUAUAAAUUUAUUUACUACAAAUAUAUUAUUGUAGCUUA